AUGGUUGAAGCAAUACAUCAAGAUCUUAAAGUUGAAAGGCGUGUGCUCGAUACAAGGAAGAAGUGGUCAACUUAUGAGUUGGAAUUAAUUGCUCUUGUUCAAGCUCUUAAGAAUUGGCAUCCUUAUGUUAUUCACGGUGAGUUUGUUGUCAAUACUGAUACUCAGGCUCUUAAGUUUUUGAAAACUUCUUCAAAAUUCAAUCGAAUGCAUGAUAGGUGGUUAUCUACAAUCAAUCAGUACACAUUUUCUAUUAAACACCAGAGUGGAAAAUUGAAUCAGGUGGCUGAUGCUUUAAGUAGAAGAGCUCAUCUUCUUGUCACUCUCAAACAUGAGUUUUUAGCUUUUGAUUUCUUGAAAGAUCUGUAUAGUGAAGAUAAAGAUUUUAAGAAUCUAUGGGAAACGUGUGGUUCUUCAACAGGCAGUGUUGAUGAUUAUCUCAUUCAAGAUGGUUUUGUUUUUAAGGGAAAUCGUUUACAUAUACCACGGUGUUCUUUACGUCUUCAUUUGAUCCAAGAAUUACAUGGGAGUGGCCUAGGAGAAAAUUUUGGAUGUGAUAAAACCAUUGCUUUGGUUGAGGAACGUUAUUUUUGGACUUCAAUUAAAUGA